GAUUCGGCCUCCUCGGUGCUGCGCUUCGACCCCGCGAGCGGGCGUGCCGAGGCCGUCGGCGAGGUCGGCGCGGGCCCGCACAAGUGGGCCGGGGGCGUGCUCGCGGAGGAUGGCAACAUCUACUGCAUGCCCUGGAACCACACGCAGGUGCUGCGCAUCGACCCGAGCGCGUGCUCCCUGUCGCUGCUGAGCCUGGAGUCCAUGCCGCCCUCGCCGAGGGCCUGGCGGUCGACUUGCUCGCGGCGGUCGUCUCGCCUUGUAUUUUCCCAACCGGCAAAAGUUGGUGCCCGGCGGAGAGGUCACCGCUCGCGGCGAGCACAAGUGGCGCGGCGCCGUCCUCGCGGGCAACGGCCGCAUCUACGGCGUGCCGUGGACUGCAAGUGGUCCGGCGCCGUGCUGGCCGGCAAUGGCAUGAGCCGGGGCGGCCGGCGCCGAUAUCGUGUGCCGCCGCGCGAGGAUCCCGAGACCAACUCGACCGCGCUGCUCGGUGACUUCGGAGAGGGGAAGCGGAAGUGGCGCGGCGCGGUCCUGGGGGACGACGGCCUUGCUUCUGCGGACUGUAUCCCCUACAACGCGCUCGAGGUCCUCUGCAUAGACCCUUUCACGGACGCGCUGACGACUUUUGGCAUGGCCGGCGGCGUCCGCUGCAAGUGGCGCGGCGGCGUAGUGGCCAACGAUGGCAACAUAUACUGCGCGCCAGACUGCGCCGACGCGGUGCUCUGCAUCGAGCCCGCCGCCAGGCGCCUCAGCACGUUCGGCACGCUGGGCUCCGGGAAGUGGAAGUGGCGCGGCUGCGCCCUCGGCGGCGACGGCUUCGUGUACUGCGCGCCCUACGAGUUUGGCCGGACGACCCUGGUCGUGAACCCCCACUGCCGCACCGUCCACCAGGUCCCGAGCAUGAGCUUCGACAACUUCAGGCUUGCAGGCAUGGUGGCCAACAAGGAGGACGGUGUGCUCGUCGUGCCGCUCUCGUGA